GUGUCAUGCACGUUUUUCGUUUGUUUGAGUGUCGCAUUUGCUUUUGCAUGAAAAUUUGAGGCCCAGAUUUAAGUGCGUAUCAAUAAUUGUGAUAUAUUUGCAAGAGUAAUACAAAAUAUAUUGUUGAAAAUCGUGUCUUUCGCAGCGUAACAUAAUAACGUUUUUUAAUCGAGUUUAACAGCCAAGUUCUGGCCUCGCAUUGAUGAUAAUGAGCGACGAAGAAAGGGAUAUUGACAUUGAAAGUGAUGAUGAUAACGAUUCUGAUACGGGUGCACAGUCAUCAAGGCAUGCAAAUACACAAAAUUUUACGCAGGCUGAGAAACGUGCACAUCACAAUGCUUUGGAAAGAAAAAGACGUGACCAUAUAAAGGAGAGUUUUACCAGUUUACGUGAAGCAGUGCCAACACUUAAGGGUGAAAAGGCCAGUCGUGCACAAAUACUAAAGAAAACGACGGAAUGCAUCCAAGUAAUGAGACGAAAGAUACAAGCAAAUCAAAAAGACGUAGAAGAUAUUAAGAAGCAAAAUGCAAUUUUGGAGCAGCAAAUACGCAUGUUGGAAGAGGCAAAGAAAGGCUAUGUGAUAGACCCCAACGAGUAUCAACAACUGAAUCAAGAGUAUCAAGCUUCAGCGGCAGAUAGCUCGGAUGGCGAUGAACAAGAUUUCAGUCGUCGCAGCAAAAAGAUGAAGACAUCCUAUCAAACAUAGAUAAUGUCAAACGACUGU